AAAAAUCAUGACUAGCCAAGCACUAAUCCCAGUAAAUAACCCCGCUGAACUAAUUUUAGCCGAGAUUGAAGCCAAGCACGAACGCUUUAAACAAGAACGAGGAGAGUAUUUAACCGCCUUUCAAAAGUUAAAACAACAACUUAACCACAUUGAGAACCAAAUAAAACAGAAAGACCAGAAAGAGGGACAAUGA